UGCUUCGGUGAUUUCCACCUGGGAAGGGCUCCCAGGGCCAAAGUUUCUCUUCUUCUGCGGGAACCCCCAAAACCGGCCCUUCCAUGACUUCUGUUAACCUACUCCUCUACUCUUUUCAGCGGGAGUUCCAAAUACAUGUGUAUGAAGGAGCCACAAGAAUGCCUAAAAGAGGGAGUGAUGUCCAUUUAAAACACCUUUACUGAAACUCGAUUCCUUGAGCCAAAGGAAGAUCCUUAACUCUAGUUGACGGUACAAGCAGAUCUUCUCAGGCAUAGGGUCAAUUCCCAAAAUUAAGAAACAACGGUGUUUUUUGAAGAAACAAGAACAACCAUGCAAAUCAGGCCCACCUACAAGACCAAGGUUUCCUUUCACUUCAGGAAUUUUCACUGUGUUUGGUAUUAGACCAGCUGCUAGAGUCAAGGGGGUGAUGCGAGGCGGCUGUGAGUAGAAAGCUUGAUUUUUGAUGCAGAACCUGGGAAGAAAACAAAAUACCCGCAGCAGGGACAUUGCUGGAGCGUUGCCGUAGCAUCGCUGCCCUGCUCGCUGGGAAAGAGAAUCCGUCCUCCUUUCUGUGUCGCAUGGGGCCCUGAACCAAAGGACUCUCCCCGACAGGCCCGACCGAAGGGGGCCUCCCCCCGCCCCCCGACAGAACAGACGCUCCCUGCCUGGGGAUAACGUUUGGCAAGUCCUGAAGAAGAGAAUCGAAACGCGAGCCAAAGCCAGCCAACUACAGGAACUGCCUGGCGGAGGGCCGGCCUCAGCUUCCCCGGAGUGUUCGGGAGGAAUGCGCAUCGCCGGGCCCGGAGGCCCCAGCUCACCUGCCACCUGCCCGGGCGCGACAGCGCCCCCACGCGCCGGCCUGGGGCUCCGCGAGCGGCCCGGUGAUCAGGCACGUGGCUGCGGAGCCUCCCUCCCUCUCCAGGGCGGCGACGGCGCCGCACACAUCCCUCCUGCCGAGCGGCCAUCAGCCACCUGUCGGUCCACCUGGGAGAAUCCUCUCCUUUUGCUGAGAACCUGCGGAAGAUGUCGAAUGCAUAUUCCGCAGACAAGAGUUUCCGCUCUCCCAUCUCGGCUUCACACCCGGAGGGAACAGGGACAUCCAGGCGGAGGCUGUACUGGACUGACUACCUGGGCUUUCUGCCUGCAGAAAUGAGGGAGCAGAUUCAGAGGCCGGCUGCCCCCGCCGGGAACCUGUGCGCAGUUGAACAGCUCCUGAGCACCUUGGAGAACGGGGUCUGGCCCCCGGGCUGGACCAGGAAAUUUGUGGAGGCCCUGGAGAGAACAGGGAGCCGUUCAGCCGCCCGCUGCGUGAACCCCGAGCUAUCUCCGUCCUUUGCGAACACUCAUGAUGAGUGUCCCCAGCUGAUGAGCCGCCUUCAGCCCACUCUGGUGGACACACUUGAGGUCAGAGAUGUCGUGGAUAGAUGUGUGGAGGAGGACCUGUGAGCAACUGAAGACAGAAACCGGAUUGUUGCUGCAGAAAACAUUGGAAAUGAAUCAGGUAUAAGAGAGUUACUGAAAAGGAUCAUGGAGAAACAAAACUGGUUUUCUACAUUUCUGACUAUUCUACAUUCUACGGGAUAUGAUGGGCUUGUCCAAGAGCUAACGGCACCAGUUGCUUUGAAAGAAACUGAGAAUUUAACACAAGAUGGUCCUGAAGUUAAAGAGUCACAUCUUUUAGCUGCAGUUCAGCCAAGUCCAGAGAAAGAGGCCUGGGACGUGGAGAAUAACUCACUGGAAUCAUCUUUUAUGGAUUCUUAUAUAGCAAGGGAAUCAGACACAAGUUUGGCAGAAGGAAGUGUCAGCUGCUUAGAUGAAAGUCUUGGACAUAACAGCAACAUGGGCAGUGAUUCAGGCACCGCGGGAAGUGAUUCAGGUGAAGAGAAUAUGCCAGGCAGGUCAUCUCCUGAGCCAGAACUGCCUCUCGGGCCUUACCAAAUGGAAGUGGCCCAACCAGCCUUGGAGGAGAAAAACACCAUCAUGUGCCUCCUCCCUACAGGGAGCGGGAAAACCAGAGCGGACGUGGCCAAGGAUCACUUGGACGAGAGGACAGCGUCUGAGCCUGGGCACGUCAUGGUCCUGGUCAACAAGCAUUUUUAAGUACCAUUAGUUAAACAGCUCUUCCGCAAAGAGUUCAAACCAUUUUUGAAAAAAUGGUAUCAAGUUACAGGAUUAAGCGUUGAUACCCAACUGAAAAUAUCAUUUCCAGAAGUUGUCAAGUCCUGUGAUGUUAUUAUCAGUACAGCUCAAAUCCUCAAAAACUCACUUUUAAACCCAGAAAAUGGAGAAGAUACUGGUGUCCAGUUUUCAGACUUUUCCCUUAUUAUCAUUGAUGAAUGCCACCACACCAAGAAGGAAGACGUCUAUAACAAUGUCAUGAGAUGUUAUUUGAAACAGAAGUUGAAAAACAAUAGACUCAAGGAAGAAAACAAACCAGUGAUUCCUCUCCCUCAGAUACCGGGCUUAACAGCGUCACCAGGUGCGGGAGGGGCCACAAAGCAAGCCCAAGCCAAAGAACACAUUUUAAAAAUAUGUGCUAAUCUUGAUGCAUUUACCAUUAAAACUAUGAAAGAAAAUAUUGACCAAAUAAAGGAGCCAUGCAAAAAGUUUGUGAUCUCAGAUGACACCAGAGAAGAUCAAUUUAAAGAUAAAAUUAUAGCAAUAAUGACAAGUAUUCAAAGUUUUUGCCAAGUGUGUCCAAUGCCAGAUUUUGGAACUCAACCUUAUGAACAAUGUGGCAUUCAAAUAGAAAAAAAAGUAGCUGCCAAAGGAAACUGCAGAGACCGCGCGUGUGCAGAGCAUCUGAGGAAGCCCAAUGGGACCUUGCAAAUCAAUGGUACAAUCUGAAUGAUUGAUGCAUAUCAUCACCUUGAAACUUUCUAUAAUGAUGAAAAGGAAAAGAGUGGCGACAGCGGUGGCAACGGCGAUGAAGGGGAGGGUGACAAAAAGAAAGCUUUGAAACUGGAUGGGGCAGAUGAUUUUCUCAUGAAUUCAUUUCUUGAUAAUAAGAAAACAUUGAAAAAGCUGGCAGCAAACCCAGAACAUGAAAAUGAGAAGCUGACCGAAUUAAGAAGCACUAUCCUGGGACAGAGUGCAAGGACUGAGGAAUCAGCCUGAGGAAUAAUUUUCACAAAAACACGACAGAGUGUGUAUGCUCUUUCCCAGCGGAUCAGUGAACUCAGCACAUUCGCUGAAGUAGGUGUCAAGGCCCAGCACGUGACUGGAGCUGGACACAGCAGUGAGUUCAAGCCCCCGACACAGAAUGAACAAAAAGAAGUCAUUAGUAAAUUUCACACAGGAAAAAUACAUCUGCUUAUCGCUACCGCAGUGGCUGAAGAAGGUCUGGAUAUUAAAGAAUGUAAUAUCGUUAGCCGUUACGAUCUCAUCACAGAUGAAACAGCCCUGGUCCAGGCCAGAGCUGGAGCCAGGGCAGAGGAGAGCACCUAAGUCCUGGUAGGCCACAGCGGCUCAGAAGCUUUUGAACUUGAGACGGUUAAUGAUUUCCAAGAGAAAAUGACGUAUAAAGCCAUAGACCAUGUUCAAAAUAUGAAACCAGACGAGUAUGCUCAUAAGAUUUUGGAAGUAUACAUGCAAAGUAUAAUGGAAAAGAAAAUCAAAAUCAAAAGAAGUAGGGCAAAGCAGUACAGGGAUAAGCCAUCAUUAAUUAGUCGCCUCUGCAAACUCUGCAGUGUGCUCGCCUGCUCUAGUGGGUAUCACGUAAUUGAGAGGAUGCGCCAGGGCCACGUGACAGCAGAAUUCAAGGAGCUCUGCCUCGUGAGAGAGAACAAAGCACUAAUAAAGAAGUUUGCACACUAUCAAGCAAAUGGCAAGAUUAUCUGCACAAAAUGUGGCCAAGCUUGGGGAACAAUGAUGGUGCACAAAGGCUUAGAUUUGCCUUGUCUCAAUAAGAAUUUUGUAAUGGUUUUCAAAAAUAACAAACCAAAGAAACAAUACAAAAAGUGGGUAGAAUUCCCUGUCACAUUCCCUGGUCUUGAGUAUUCACUGUAUUGUUUGCUUAGUGAUGAGGAUUGACAUUUGAUUCAAGAAUCUUUGAAAAUAUCAUCAACUCAACAUUUAAUAUGAUUAAUAUGUUUUCAUUGUACUCCAGAACUGAUGUAAAAAUUAAAAUAAUCACUGUAUUCUGCAUUGGGCUGUAUAGAGGAAGACAAUAUAUUAUGCUUUCAAUCAUCUAUCUUGUUAGUGGAGAGCUGUAAAGAAAACCUACCAGUAUUACUUAUUACUGUGGAGCAUUAGAGUACUAUGGGAAGAAUGCUGGAGUAUAAAUGAGGAUCCAGAUUACCAGUCUUAGUCCUUAACAGUGAGAGUUAUCACAUUAUCUGCUUUCACUUUUGUCUAGUUUUCUAUUGCUGCAUAACAAAUUACCAGAA